CUACCGAUUCCAAAGAAGAAGAAGAAGCUAUUCUAAAAACAACUAAUCCAAUUAUUUUUUCUCCUAUAAACACCUAAGAUAGGGCAAUUAAACGAAAAUUAAAGAGCAAUACAUCUAGCAGCAGAUACAAUGCAUUUGAAUGCUGAUAUAUCCAGCGCUCUACAGCAAAUUGAGGCUGUAAAACGGGUGAUUGAUGAAAGUGAUGACCCAAAAUUACAGAACCAAACUGCUGAAAGUCUCAAAACUAUUCUUGAUAUUUUACAAGAUCCAGUAUUUGUUUCUAUUGUGCAUGUCCAGGAUUCUCUGUCUGAAUUGAAUGCUCAACUGUCGCAACAUCCGUCGAUGCUUCCAAAUGACUUUGAUAUUGAUAUGGCAGGAAACUUGGUUCUUAGUGUCAAUAAUGGAGGUGAUGUUUUGUACGAAUUUGAUGAGCGAGUUUCUACUUCAUUAAACAGCGCCUCCGUCCCAAAUAGCCCUGGUAGUAGCAAGGCAACGGAAGUCGCUGACAACACUAUGCUGGAGCAACAACAUUCCAAAAUGCCCUCCUUGUCGGGGGUGGAACUAUUCCCUACGGAUUAUGUACAAAUACAAGCCAUUGAGCUAGUCAAUGAUGGUACUGGACUAGGUUUCGGAAUUAUAGGAGCACGUAACUCUGGCGUCAUAGUUAAGACAAUUUUACCAGGUGGAGUUGCGGAUAGAGACGGCCGAUUAAGAUCGGGUGACCAUAUUUUGCAAAUUGGUGAUGUUAAUUUGCAGGAGAUGGUAUCGGAGCAAGUCGCAGCUGUGUUGCGGCAAUCAGGAACACAUGUACGUUUAGUUGUUGGUCGUGCAAUUGAACAGCCAUCUCCAGUUGGGUUUAAUUUGGAAGCGGGUAGUGCAAUUGUUCCGGCUAGAGUUUUAGUUGAUCGUGCUGAACUUGAGCGGUACUUGAUAUCAACUGGCUUUCCUGAAAUUUUUGGGGAAAGUUCAAAUGCUUCCACCCCUCAGACAACGACGGAAGAUGACCGAUUUGUGUAUAGGGGAUCCAAGCCCAUUAUAGACCUCUUAGAAUUGCCCGAAACUGAAAAAUUGCAAGUUGAACUUACUAAGGAUGCUAAUGGUUUAGGUAUAACCAUUGCGGGAUAUGUGUGUGAGAAGGAAGAGUUAUCUGGAAUAUUUGUAAAGAGCGUAUCACCAGGUUCAGCAGCCGACUUAAAUGGUCGUAUAAGAGUCAACGAUCGCAUUAUAGAGGUAGAUGGACAAUCGUUACAGGGGUUUACCAAUCACCAGGCUGUCGAGCUUCUUAAGCAGUCAGGGACAGUGGUCAAUCUAAGAUUGGAGCGCUAUUUAAGAGGACCUAAAUACGAACAACUUCAACAAGCAAUUGCCGCCAAUGAUAAGCUUCCGUCCAGUAUGCCAUCUACUCCUUCACGUCCCUCGACAGCAAGAGAUACGUUUGCCACCAGUGGCGUAAAUGUUUUUUCCACGGAACCUGAAGCUUUUAAUGUACCAGCUUCCAAUAUGCAUAAUCUAUGUAAUGUCACAAACGGUCAAUUUACAAACAUGUCUACCUUUGGAGUUGAUAGAAAACCCAUGCUUAUUCCCAAAAUGCACGAAGAGACGUCAAAAACAAUUAUAUCUUCUGAUGUGGUUGAAAGCAAUGAACGUGAUCAAAUUGGGUUUGAAGAACCACUCCAUGCUAAAAAUAGUGUGCUACUUACGCGACAAAAAUAUUAUACUGAACCUGAACUCAGUGCUGAGGUGGAACAAGAAAUUAUUCGCAAAUGGAAGAAAAUUGUUGGAAAUGAUGUUGACGUAGUGGUGGCUCAAAUUAAGAAAUUUCCGGUUGGUGGUCUUGGAAUAUCGCUAGAGGGCACUGUAGACGUCGAAGGUGGUCGGGAGGUUCGACCACAUCACUACAUCCGGUCUAUACUAGCUGAUGGCCCUGUUGGACUCAAUGGUAAACUUCGUGCUGGUGAUGAAUUAUUAGAGGUAAAUGGUGAGCGAUUAUUCGGUAUGAACCAUUUGGAGGUAGUGGCUAUUCUAAAGGAGCUUCCCAUUGAUGUUCGUAUGGUUUGCGGUCGUAGCAAGACAGAAUUAAUGUCUUUUUCUGAUGACACCUUAAAGAAGUUGGAAAGUAAUUUAGAAAAACUUGUUCCGGCCUCUGAUAGACUAGUAAAAGCAAAAUCAGAUGGCAAUCUAGCCACUUCAUCACCAACCACAGAAGAAUCGUUCAAGUUCAAAUCGCGCUCUUUGGAGCCUUUGACUGGUUUGGCAAUGUGGUCAGAAGAGCCCCAAAUAAUAGAACUCAUAAAAGGAGACCGGGGUUUAGGUUUCUCCAUACUUGAUUACCAAGACCCAAUGGAUUCUAACGAUUGCUUGAUUGUCAUUCGUUCACUCGUUCCAGGAGGAGUAGCCCAGAUGGAUGGCCGUCUUAUACCAGGUGAUCGUCUGUUAUUUGUAAACAAUAUAAAUUUGGAAAAUGCUACUCUUGACCAGGCUGUCCAAGCUUUGAAAGGGGCCCCUAAGGGCAUUGUUCGCAUUGGGGUGGCUAAACCACUCCCCAUGACAGAUACAUCUUUAAAGUCAAACGGAAACAAUUCCAUCGUAUCAAAUAACGCAGAUGUUGAGAUGAAUGUUCAAAAGUGUGAUUUUCAGAGCCUAACCAGUCCCCCUGAAGAAAUUAAUUCCCCCGAACCAGAUUUGAUUUCAAAUUGGCGAAAGUAAUCAAAAUCAUUUUUUAAAUAUCUCCUUUAACAAUAAAGUGCGUAUAUAUACAUAAAAGCAGAAUAAAUUACAUAAAUGUUGUUGGUAUAUGUA